GGCAGGGACCGCCCCGGGGGUGGCGCUGGGGACACGCCGGGGUCCCGCAGCCCCUCCGCGUGUCCCCGGGGCCAUGAAGGUGAAGGUGAUCUCCGUGCUGGAGGACAACUACAUGUACCUGGUGAUCGAGGAGAGCACCCGCCGCGCCGUGGCCGUGGACGCCGCGGUCCCCAAGAGGCUGCUGGAGAUCAUCAGGAAGGAGGACGUGGAGCUCAGGGCCAUCCUCACCACCCACCACCACUGGGACCACGCCAGGGGCAAUGAGGAGCUGGCGCAGCUCCUGCCGGGCCUGCAGGUGUUCGGGGCUGACGAGCGCAUCGGGGCCCUCACGCACAGGGUCAGCCACGGCCAGGAGCUCGCGUUCGGGUCCAUCAGGGUGAGGUGUCUCUUCACCCCGUGCCACACCUCGGGCCACAUGUGCUACUUCAUGUGGGAGGAUGAUUCCCCGGAUGCUCCAGCCCUUUUCUCAGGUGACACCCUGUUCGUGGGGGGCUGCGGGCAGUUCUUCGAGGGCACGGCGGAGCAGAUGCACACCAACCUCACCCAGAUCCUGGGGGCUCUGCCCAAGGACACGAAGGUUUUCUGUGGCCACGAAUGCACCGUCAGAAACCUCAAGUUCGCCUUGAAGGUGGAGCCAGAGAAUGAAAUGGUGAAGGAGAAGCUGGCGUGGGCCAAACAUCGCCCCUGUUCCCAAAAACCUGCUGGGAAAUCCCAGGGGAGGCUGCCCGGACAGGGGGUCGCCGCAGAGCCACCGUGCCAGCACAGGGUGGGACCCCCCCUGUCCCCAGGGCACAGCAGGGCUGUCCCCUUGCAGGGAGGAGGCCGUGCAGAGGUUCACGGGCAGGACGGACCCCGUGGAGGUGCUGAGGGCGCUGCGCUCCCAGAGGGACAACUUCAAGAAGCCCAAGGAGAGGCCCAACCCCCAGGCCAUGCUGGCCUUCGACUGGGGGCUCUUCGGGCCCUUCCUGGACAAGAAGUGACACCCCCGUGGUGCCAGGGCUCCCUCCUGGCUGUGCCCAGCUCGGCUUGGCUCCCAGCUGGGGCUGGGUUUUGUCUUUUAGCUGCUUGUGUGAGGCUGCUCUGCUCCGCUCCGCUCCCCUCUGGCUCCUGGGAUUCCCUGUGGAGCUCCUGGGUCCCUUUGGAGAGCCCAGGCUGUGGGACCCCCCCUUGGUGCUGGGAUGCUGGCAGAGGGUCAGGACGUGGCUCGGGGCAGGGCACAGUGCCAGUUUUGGGGUCAGUGGGGGAAGUGCCGUGGCAGGGAGCCAGGGAAGGGCAGGAAUGCUCAGGGAUUGUGGUGCUGUGCCCCACGGAGCACCAGGCUCCCCUGCCAGGCCCUGCAUCCCAGUCCCAGGGCUUGUGAUGGUGGCUUUGGGACUCCUGGGAGCCCUCCUGGCCCUGCCUGUCCUGCUCCAGCCCCGCUGGGCCCCUCUGGCCAGGUGAUGGACACUUGGAUCCCCCCCACGGGAAACUGGGAAGUGACUGGUGGCACUGGUGGCACUGGUGGCACUGGUGGCACCAGUACCCACCCGACUCCAGCUCUGUGCUGACAAAUCCCUCCUCACAGCAGGGCUUGGGUGGGCUCCCCCCUCUUUUUUCCCUCUUUUCCAGUAGGUCCCACAGGGAUUUGUGGCCCAGUCACUGCCCUGGGGAGCCCUUGGGGUGUCCAGGUGGGGCCAGGGAUUGCCCCAGGAGGGAUUUCCCAAACUGGGACAGAUUUUAGGCAGCCAAGAACAAAGUGCUGCCAGACAUCCCUUCUUGCUUUUUCCAAGAUAAAACACUCGGUGCCAACUCCAUGGACACUGCUGGGGCUCCCAGGCCUCCCCAGCCUUCACUUUGUGCAAAAUCAGGGCUGUGCUUUAUUUAUUUUUGAGUCUGAGAAAGGAGAAGAGUUUUAUUUGCAGGUGUGGGGAGGCACUUCACACCACUGAAGUAAUUCUCUGGUUGUUUUUUGGUUUUUUUUUUUGUGGAGAAAAUGAGGGUUUGAUGGCAGCUCCCAGCACUGGGACAGAGUUGAUUUCAGGGAUUUUCAUGUGUGGACUGUGAAUUUCUUUGUUGCUACUGGAGUCUGGUUUGGGGCUUUUUCCUGUGCUACAAACCAAGGUUUUCUUUUUUCCUUUUAUUAAAUCAGAGUUUGGAUUUACUUUGCAUGGAAGGGGAAGGAUUUAUCCAGCUGCAAAAGCUCCCUUGGUACCACGGCCUGAAUUCCUCAGUUUCCAUGGAAUGCUGGAGUUGUGGCUGUUCCCUUUGGAGUUUUAUUUAUCCUGGGAGCAGGGAUGCCCCUGUGUGUCUGAACCAGCCCCACACCUCAAAGCUGGGACAAACUCCAGCUGUUCUGGUGCCAGAACAGGGACCCCAGGGUGGCUCCAGUGACCUCUGUGUGUGUUGGUGGCCUGGGAACUGGGGAAGUGAUCAAGUGUAGAGCCCUGAUGAUUUCAUUUCCAGCUCAUUCAGCUUCACUGGUUGUGCAUUUCUGGGCUGAUGUGCCUGUGCUCUGCACUGAGUCCAGCCUGGAGCCUCUCCCUGGCCGUGUCCUGGUUUAGCCCAGUCCCUGCAUGGAAAAGGGAAUUCACUGGAAGCACCAAUUUGCUCCUCAGGAAGGAGGGGAGGGGGCAGCAGGGGGAGGUUGAUGCCUUAGAACACUGUGAGGUCAUUAAUAAUCAGCAACAGCUGAAAAAUGGGAAGCUUUUAAUUAAAAACAUGAAAAUCA